CUGGGUGAAUGUCCCGUCAUGCAGCGCGGCGGGAUUCUCCCACCGUGACCGUCGGGAUCGACAGCGAGCAGCGAUGGCAGCCGGUUAGAUCAACGCGUAAACACUGCGUUUACAUCCAGCCGCACUGCCCGAGACGCCGCGGGGCAGCUGACCUCACACCGCGGCGGUGCCACAGACCGGCGGACCUACGGAGGAAUCUUGUCAAGCUCGCCCCCGCAAGACAAUAAAUUUUACAAACGAAAACAUUAAACAUGGACGAACACCCCGGCGGAGGAGGAGCGGCUGCUCCGCGACAGCAGUUACAACAGCCGGUGAGCAGCGGCAACGUCAAUCCACCGAUUGGAGCGGUCAUGGUGCCCCAGCAGACCGAUGACCUGCCCCGGCCUCAGCAGCAAUACACCAUCCCUGGUAUCCUGCACUACAUUCAACACGAGUGGGCCCGGUUCGAGAUGGAGAGGGCUCACUGGGAGGUGGAGAGGGCCGAACUCCAGGCCAGAAUAGCGUUUCUGCAGGGGGAGCGGAAGGGCCAGGAGAACCUGAAGAACGACCUGGUUAGAAGAAUUAAAAUGUUAGAAUACGCUUUGAAGCAGGAAAGAGCGAAAUAUCACAAGUUAAAAUAUGGGACAGAGUUAAACCAAGGAGACAUGAGGAUGCCGAGCUUCGAGUCCGACACCAAAGAGUCGGCGGUCUCUGCUGUUCCUGCCAACAGUCAGCUGAUGUGGAAGCAAGGGCGACAGCUCCUCCGACAGUACCUACAGGAAGUGGGCUACACAGACACGAUCCUGGAUGUUCGGACUCAAAGGGUUCGUUCUCUGCUCGGCCUGUCGGGUCCAGAGCAGAACGGCUCUGUUGAGAACAAGAACCUGCAGCACCUGAUUAACGGGACCGAGCGAUGCAAAGACCCCAAAAGGAUUUCCAACGACAAUCUUGAGACGUUCAACUUCCUGGAAAACGCAGAGGACAGCGAUGAGGAUGAUGACGAGGAGGGAGACUUGAUGGAUGACAUCAGCGCCGACAAACACCACAGAGCUAAAAAACACAAAGCGAACGUCGGGAACGAAGGUUUAGCUUCGGAGGAUGAUGCCGACACAGAGGAAGCUCUGAAGGAGUUUGACUUCUUGGUGACGGCAGAGGACGGAGAGGGGGCGGGUGAAGCUCGCAGCUCUGGAGACGGGACGGAGUGGGCAGAGCCUCUUCCGUUUUCCACUGGAAGGGGGAAGCCCUUCCUAUUAGGAGGGUCGGACGAUGUUUUGGAAAGCGUCCUGGGUUUGGGUGACCUCGCCGACCUCACCGUCACCAACGACGAGGCGGACUUUGGCUACGAUCUGUCGUCCAGUAAGGAGUCCACUUUCAGGAAGACGUGGAACCCAAAGUACACGUUACGGAGCCACUUCGACGGCGUCCGAGCGUUGGCGUUCCACCCAGUCGAGCCUUGUCUGGUCACGGUGUCUGAAGACCACACCCUCAAGCUGUGGAACCUCACCAAGACCGUCCCAGCUAAGAAAAGUGCCUCUUUUGAUGUGGAACCGAUCUACACAUUCAGGGGUCACUGUGGUCCAGUCUUGUCGUUGGCCAUGACCUCCAGUGGUGAGCAGUGUUUCAGCGGCGGCAUUGACUCCACCAUCCAGUGGUGGAACAUCCCCAGCUCCAACGUGGACCCCUAUGACACUUACGACUCCAGCGUCCUGGCGGGUUCGUGGGCGGGGCAUACGGACGCCGUGUGGGGAUUGGCUUACAGCGGCAUCAAGAACCGCCUCCUGUCCUGCUCCGCUGACGGAACGGUGAAACUGUGGAACCCGAUGGAGAAAGAACCCUGCAUCAGCACUUUCAACACAAACGAGGAGCACGGCGUCCCCACGUCAGUGGAUUUUAACGGCUGUGACCCGGCCCACAUGGUGGUGUCCUUCAACACCGGAGACGUGGUGGUCUACGACCUGGAGACCUCCCAGAUUGCCCUGGUGCUGAAGGGACAAGGCGACAGCACUGUCCCGGGUUUGAAUCAUAUCAACAAAGUGGUGAGUCAUCCCACCCUGCCCGUCACCAUCACUGCUCACGAGGAUCGACAAAUCAAAUUCUUCGACAACAAGUCAGGUAAAGUGAUCCACGCCAUGGUGGCUCACCUGGACGCAGUAACCAGUCUGGCUGUAGAUCCAAACGGCAUCUACCUGAUUUCUGGCAGUCACGACUGCUCUCUGCGCCUGUGGAACCUGGACAGUAAGACGUGCGUCCAGGAGAUAACGGCUCAUCGUAAGAAGAGCGAGGAGGCCAUCUACGACGUGACCUUCCACCCCUCCAAGGCGUACAUCGCCUCAGCUGGGGCCGACGCCCUCGCCCGGGUCUACGUGUAGAGGAGGGGGGAAAGGAAGCAGACGACUGCAGGCCGAGAGACGGAGCUGCAAAACGGGCCGGUCCGGUCACACGCAGGCAGGACUCGGGUCUGUCCAGUUCAACACAAAAGACUGGAGGGGGAGGAGUCUGUCAGAAGACUGAAAACAUGUGAGCAGGCGGCGAACGUUGCUGACUGAAGCUGCAGCUGUGAAGGCUGCACUGUCCAAACUCUAGUUUGCCUGCCUCCCACCGCGUCCGAGUCAACGGUAGUGCAAUCUUCUGAUCCAGACGAGAGAAUUCACGCAGCUUAAAGAAAAACUCCCCCGAAAUCUGCCCCGGUCGCUAGUUUUCCAUUGACGCACAUUUCACUACAGCUCACCUCGUUAAUCGUUUCAGACGUGCUGCUUCAGGAGCUGCUUUUCACUACAACGUUUUAUUCAGCGCCGAGUUUAAAACUAACCGAUGACUCUAAUACGCAGCCGCUCGUUGGACUAAAUGUUUUUUAUACCGGUCGAGGCGGUUCGGUUGAUGCACGUUUUCAUCAGUCAUUUAGUGCAUUCUGCUGGAAAAGGCUGCUGUUCUCAGGU